AUGAGCGUCCAACAUCAGUUCCAGUCUUUGCCUUCGGCCGCUGUUCGACGUCGUCUCAGCUCCGUCGUUCAGGAAAAGCCCAACAUGGUUGCGCCAUUCUCGAGUCUGACGCCCAUGUGGCUUGGUCUUGCGGGCAGUGCCAUUGACCAGUCAAAAUUCCAGCUCGCGCUUGCGAUCCAUGACGGUGUCUAUUCGACUGAUUUCACGUCGGCCAUCGUCGAGGUUGGGAAAAACAAGGCCAACGACAUCGAGACGUUCGUUCUCCAGACCAUUCGAAAGUUCUCUUCGGAGCAUCUCUGCAAGUUCCUGGGUGCUGGUGUCACAACAACUUUACUGAAAUCAGCCCCAAAUCUUGCGACGCGUUUGUGGCUGGAGUGUGACAUUGUCCCCAUUAUCUUCAACAUCAAACCGUACCACACUGAUUCGGUUACUUCAAUCAACAUCAAGCAUAGGAUUUCCUCCACCACUGGAAGUUAUGUGCCUUCCGGUGCAGAGACGCCGACCCUUUUCGUGGAGGCCUCUCAUCUUGAUCAGGCUCAGCUCGGUGCUGCGGGAACUUCCGGUCGUCUCCCGAUCCCACGAACGUUGGAUGAACAAGCCGACUCCGCCGUCCGGAAAUGUUUGAUGUACUACGGGCCAAACAACUCGCCCAGAUUGACAAUUGGCCCUCGCAAUCAAGUGACGGUCGAUGCUGCUGGGAAGAUUCACUUGAUUGACGACCUGGACAAGUACAAGGAGACCGUCCGACCUGGAACAUGGAAUGCGGUUAUAAAACUCGCCGAUGAGCUGCGCGAGAAGAAAAUCAAGAUUGGCUUCUUCUCAAGCACACCUCAAGGAGGUGGUGUCGCACUGAUGAGACACGCGCUCAUUCGUUUCCUCACACUUCUCGAUGUCGAUGCAGCCUGGUAUGUUCCCAAUCCCUCCCCGGCUGUCUUCCGCAUCACCAAAGACAACCACAACCGGUUGCAAGGCGUCGCGGCACCGGAAUCGCGUCUAACUCAGGCUGACAAGGAGAAAUUUGACGAAUGGAUUGCCAAAAACACUCUUCGUUGGACCGCUGAAGGCGGACCUUUGGCUCCUGGGGGAGUCGACAUUGCGUUCAUUGACGAUCCUCAGAUGCCCGGUUCAAUUCCCAUCAUCAAGAAAGUUCGCCCGGAUCUCCCAAUUGUAUACCGUUCACACAUUGAAAUUCGGUCCGAUUUGGUGCACAUAUCUGGCUCUCCUCAAGAGGAAGUCUGGGACUACCUGUGGAACAACAUCAAGCUGGCAGAUCUGUUUAUCAGUCACCCUGUCAACAAGUUCGUCCCGGACGAUGUUCCCAUUGAGAAAGUAGCCCUUCUCGGUGCUGCUACUGACUGGUUGGAUGGGUUAAACAAGGACCUCGACCCACUUUCAUCUGCUUACUACAUGGGUAUCUUCCGUGAUCUGUGCACGACGCAGAAAAUGCACCAAUUGCAAUGGCCUGCUCGUGAAUAUAUUGUGCAAGUAGCGCGAUUCGACCCGGCCAAAGGCAUUCCCCAUGUCAUCGACUCGUACAGCAAAUUCAGGAAGCUACUCAGAAAGUCGCAGUCAGAGCUCACUGAGGAAGAGCACCCUCAGUUGCUUAUUUGUGGCCAUGGUGCUGUUGACGACCCCGACGCAAGCAUCAUCUACGACGAGGUGACUCAGCUUAUCGCAUCAGAGGCAUACCGCGAGUUUGCCCAUGAUAUCGUCGUGAUGCGUCUCCCCCCGAGUGACCAACUCCUCAAUGCUCUGAUGGCCAACGCCCGGAUCGCACUCCAACUGUCGACUCGUGAGGGUUUCGAAGUCAAGGUCUCUGAAGCUAUUCACACUGGUAUCCCAAUCAUUGCAUCGCAAACCGGAGGCAUUCCUCUCCAAGUCGAGCACGGAAAGUCUGGUUACUUAACCCCCCCUGGCGCUGAGGGCACUGAUGCGGUUGCGAAACAUCUCUAUGACCUUUACACCGACGAGCAGCUCUAUCGCAACAUGAGCCAAUACGCUAAAACCCACGUGUCAGAUGAGGUUGGAACGGUCGGAAAUGCGGCUGCAUGGCUUUAUCUCGCGGUCAUGUACAGCCGAGGAAUCAAGAUCCAACCCAAAGGUGCUUGGCUGAACGACAUGCUUCGAGCUGAGACAAACGAGCCUUAUGUCGAUGGAGAACCACGUCUUCCUCGCGCACCCAUCCAAAUGCAGUAG